CCCUUGAUAGACGCGUGGAUUGCAUUCAGACUUUUACGAAUGUUGUACAUGUUGAAAUCAUGAGUAUCCUCAAUCGCUGUAAGAAACUGGUGUCGCCGGUGUUUAAAAGACGCGUUUUACUUGAACAAACCGGUGUUUUUAGAAGCGUCUGUUCAAUCUCCACAGCUCGGUGUCACAGCCUGUGUUCACCUCGACGUUUAACACCGAAUUCAGCCUCAUGUCAGCGAUGGCAUCAUGUUUUCACCGGUCAUCUAGACACAAAGAGAUGUUAUUCAGAGGUGUGUAGUGAAAGCAGUAAUUCAAAGAGGGGCCAUGGCGUGUCUCAAGAGGAAUCGCAUGAGAUGGACAGUGACAGCAGAGCCCCGAGUCAAAGACUCUCAGAGACUUUCACUCUUGAUACGCUGGUGUCUCUACUACGUCAGGAAAAUGCGGUAGACAUCUGUGUGAUCAAAGUUCCAGACCAGAUCAAAUAUGCUGAAAACUUCAUUGUCGUCAGUGGUGUAUCACCGAGACAUCUCCGCGCAAUGGCACUUUAUGCUAUCAAAGUGUACAAGUUUCUGAAGAAAGAUGAAGAUCCAAAUGUCAAGAUAGAAGGGAAGGAUACAGAGGACUGGAUGUGUAUUGACUUUGGUAAUAUGGUUGUUCACUUCAUGCUGCCAGAGACCAGAGACGUGUAUGAACUGGAGAAACUCUGGACUCUCCGUAGGUAUGAUGAGCAGCUGAGGAGCAUACCUGCUGAGAAACUACCAGAAGACUUCAUAUAUGACGCUGACGUCACAAAGUGACAACACAAGACAAAUCAUCUAAGUUGUUCACAGACUUUACUACUUCAUUGCAAUGUUGGAUUCAUCCUUUCCCAUCACUGUGAGUAGAAAUACUACACUUUAUCUUUGGACAAUAAAACAACACAUUUUGCGUUGAGAAUUGACAGACUGGUGUGGAUUAAUGUCUUAUGCAACAGCUAUACUGUAGUAAUUACUGCCCCAUCAUUUUGAUUAAUUGUAUACACUUUUUUUUACAUUACUUGACCUUUAUAGAGAAUCAUAUGAUAUUUGUA